UUAUAAUAGGCUGUAAGCGUUUAUGGCUCAGCGCUGAAUGUAGAAAAGGAAGUGAAAUUGUUUGUUGGCCUUUUACAAGUUGAGACUGGACUUUGGUUUUACUUUUAUUUUCUGUGAACACGAGUCGAGGUUAGCACAGACUCCUACAAAGAAGACAUAGACCUACUAACUCGUCUUUAACAGGACUGACUUGCUACAGUUUUGGGGAUUUGAGGACCUUCCUGGACAGUUUCUGUUCAUAUUCUUUCAAUAUUUUGGAGUCAAUUACUCUUUUUUAUGGGGGAAAGUCUUCAAAGGUCGCCAGGAAGAACCCGGCUCCGCAGUGACACUUUGAGCACGCCGGUGAAGACUCUCAGGGUUAAGAUGGUCCUUCUGGGAGCCUCUGGUGUCGGGAAGUCCAGUCUGGCACAGAGAUUUGUGAAGGACGAGUUCAGGAAUACAUCACCUACAAUAGGCUGUGCCUACAUGACCUGUGCGGUCCACCUGAGUGAUGUGUCACUUCGCUUUGAGAUAUGGGACACAGCAGGACAGGAGAAAUAUCACAGUGUCACCCCGCUGUACUACAGAGGAGCCCACGCUGCAAUCCUGGUCUAUGACAUCAGCAAAAGGAAGACAUAUAUCAGAGCUCAAGUUUGGCUCAAAGAGCUGGAGAAACACUGCAUCCAAGGAUCUACUGUAGUGUGGCUGGUAGGCAACAAGGGAGAUCUGACACUGGAUCGACAGGUCUCAGUGCAGGAAGGAGAAAGUCUGGCCAAGGACAGGGGUUUAUUCUUCACAGAGACAUCAGCUCUGUCAGGGGAUCAAGUCAGCAACCUGCUGCUAGAUGUUGGGUGUCUGAGUGUAUCGGAGUGCAGCAGGGAGGUCUGUCAGAGUGGACCGAGACACCACUCAUGGAUCUGCAUCCUAGAGACACAUCGAGCGUGUUCUCAUCCUGCUGUAGAGUUGGACCAUAGCUCACAUAACCACUGACUGUAAUGCUGCCUGUCCUUGUUCCUGUGUUUGUCUCCUGUACUUUAAAGGUGUAGAAUAAACUCAGUCAGUCUCUGUCUAUGCCACAGA